AUGGAGGGAGAAGCUUUCGUUGGAUGUGUAUUUACAGAGUGCUGCAACGAUAUCGAUGCGAUCAAACAAUUUGAAGAAGAUCGACUCAAGAAGGGAUUUUCGACUGUAACCUGGAAGGCGCUCAUAUUGAGUCUGCUCCGCGAUCACAAUAUAUUUGCAGACUGGAUUUUGCGCGACAGAGGUACACAAUAUCUCAUUUCAUGGGUGAUGCUUUCUGUCGAUCAGCCUGACCAUGCUCCGCAAGGCUCCAGCUCAGCCGAUUCACAGGUUGGCUUUUCUUGCAGGCCGAGGCUGAGCACGGCUCAAGGCUCUCAUAUGCUAAGGUCGUAUAGCUUCGCACAGCCAAUGCCGUUACUUCGAAAGGACCGAUACUCGUAUAACAUGAUAGAACAGCUGGCUUUGGCCAAGAGAUUGAUCAACCUUUGUGCAUUCUGCCCUACGCUUCCACCUGGGCGAGGCCAAUGCAGGACAAAUUUCUGGACGGAACAUCCCAAGGCAGCGUGUGUGCACGGCCCGUGGUUCGUGGUUGUUUUUGUCCCGAGCAUCGCUACUCAGAAGGGUUCCGAGGUGUCAGACCGACAGCACGAAUGCAGCACGUCGGCGAAAUGCGGAUUGAUACGUGCUGCUACCGAGCUGCCAGAGGCCUCACAUGCAACGCCAUCGGAGCUCAUGAAGGAUGUAGCGGCUGCUGCCACUUCGAACUCGCUUAGAUCCAUACGACUCCCGUCGGCCGAGGAUUGCAAGCAGGAGGAUCGGACCAAACGUUCUUGCAACGCUAGAUGGAGCAGGAGACAUCUCCGAUUCUUCCUCGCUCGCGCUUGCGUCAUGGUGGAGUGCAAUGAAAACCACGUGGGAGGGAGGGUCACCAGCCUAGCGUGGUGGACUGCUUUCAAUGAUCUCACUGCAUUUGUUGGUGCUGCUCUAGGAGAAUGUGAGUGGACCCGCGGUCACUUUGGCAACUGCACAGCCUUCAUGACCAGUAUCAUAGAAGUCAAGAACGACAGUAACCCGGGUCGAGUUUGCGAAGUGGCUUACGGCGUGCCAUGGAGCGGCAUAAGCAGCAUCCAAGAUGGCACUAAGAGGCGCCGCGCAAGGCGGCGAACGGAGAACGCCUCUUUUGUGAUAACGAGCGAUAUCAUUGUGAACUCCAUGAUAAAAAUUCCGGGCUUCUCUGAGCUGAAGUCGUGGAGUCUGAGCUCAGAGGGCCAUUCGGACGCAUAG